AUGCUAUUCUUUUCAUUCUUUAAAACGUUAGUGGACCAGGAGGUCACUGUGGAGCUGAAAAACGACAUAGAACUGAAGGGAACCCUGAAAUCAGUUGACCAGUUCCUGAAUCUGAAACUUGAUAACAUUUCCUGUAACAAUGAGGCGAAGUAUCCUCAUCUUUCAAGUGUGAGGAAUAUAUUUAUUAGAGGCUCUACAGUACGUUAUGUAUAUCUUAACAAAAGCAUGGUUGACACAAACCUUCUCCAAGACGCCGCUAGAAGAGAAGCUAUGAGCGAAAAGAAAUAG